AAAAAAAAAAAUUAAUUAUUUUUUUUCUUUUUAUAUUUCGUGAAGCACAAAAAUCAAAGAGAAAACAAAGCCCAUUUGAUGGCCAGUACCAAUAGAUACAAGAUACCCUUUUGUUCGGCGAUUUCCAUAUCCGGGUGAUAGGCAUCAGUAUCCCCAUAGGUGAUUGUGGGAGGAUCAAUUGGGGAGUCAAUCACAGUUCUAAGUCUUAGUCAUUGAGCUAGAAAUAUCAUUAUAUUUGUAUUAGCAAUGGCUCCUGGAGGCAGUGCUUGCAAUGAAGUCCUUGAGUGUUAUUCUACAGUUUCAGAUUCUGAAAUGGCAACAGCAGAUUUGGAGACUAGUAGUAAACUUACAAGAGCUAUCAGUAGUUCUGGUGGAAAACAAGGGAUUUAUUCAACUAACGGUGUGCAUGAACUGCUUGAGUGCCCUGUCUGCACAUGUUUGAUGUACCCUCCAAUUCACCAGUGUCCAAAUGGCCACACACUGUGUUCAAACUGCAAGAUUAGAGUGCACAACUGUUGCCCAACUUGUCGCUAUGAUCUUGGAAAUAUAAGGUGUUUGGCAUUGGAGAAAGUUGCUGAAUCAUUGGAACUUCCAUGCACAUACCAGACUUUGGGUUGUAAUGAUAUUUUCCCAUACUAUGGCAAGCUUAAGCAUGAGCAACAUUGUCAAUUCCGACCGUACAAUUGCCCUUAUGCUGGAUCCGAGUGCUCUGUUACUGGUGACAUCCCAACUCUUGUUUCGCAUCUCAAGGAUGAUCACAAGGUUGACAUGCAUGAUGGGUGUACCUUCAACCAUCGAUAUGUUAAAUCAAAUCCACAUGAAGUUGAAAAUGCCACAUGGAUGUUAACUGUGUUCAACUGUUUCGGAAGACAAUUUUGUUUGCAUUUUGAGGCUUUCCAGCUUGGUAUGGCACCAGUCUACAUGGCCUUCUUACGAUUCAUGGGUGAUGAUAAUGAGGCAAAGAAAUUCAGCUAUAGUUUGGAAGUUGGUGCAAAUGGUCGUAAGCUCAUAUGGCAAGGAAUUCCAAGGAGCAUCCGUGACAGUCAUAAGAAAGUUCGUGAUAGUCAGGAUGGACUCAUUAUUCAAAGGAAUAUGGCUCUCUACUUUUCUGGUGGGGAUAGGCAAGAGCUGAAGUUGAGGGUUACUGGCCGUAUAUGGAAAGAAGAAUAAGAAAUGAAAAGAUGAUAGGUGUUUAGGUGGAUUGUAUAGUAAGUCUAUGGGGUUGCUUCAUGUGGCAAUGAGUGAAGCUUUAAUUAUCUUGAUUAGGGUUUUCCUUUGUGUUUAAAUGAGGUUUAUGUAGUUGGGGUGAAGGGCAUUUUGCAAACUAAUAUGUUAGCUGCCCUGCAUUGGGCAAGCUCUGGUUGAAAAACAGUGUACAAGAUGGAUGCAUAGAUUGGUCAAAUUGUGGUGCCAAAAGAUUCAUUUGGUGA